CUCACGUUCGCAAUGUUGCGGAGCAAAUGCGCGCGCUAGGCAGACAGUACGAGCCAGUCCGCGAACAUCGGGCCAGUCAGUCAGUGGCAGGAAAAAAUGGCGGAUGUCGACUUGAAUAUCGACAACUUGAUACAGAGAUUAUUGGAAGUAUACCACACGCAGAAAGACCAGGUUCUUCAGAAGAAAGCCAAGCUAAAAGAUAUUUUCUCGUCGGACUUCGUCGUCAGAGGAUGUCGACCGGGCAAGACGGUCAUCAUGACGGAGGCUGAAGUGCGUGGCCUCUGUCUCAAGUCCCGGGAGAUUUUCCUGCAGCAACCAAUCCUGCUGGAGCUGGAAGCACCGCUUAAAAUCUGCGGUGACAUACACGGCCAGUACACCGAUCUUUUGCGGCUGUUCGAAUAUGGCGGUUUUCCGCCCGAGGCGAACUACUUGUUUCUGGGCGACUAUGUUGAUCGAGGGAAGCAGUCUCUGGAGACGAUAUGUCUGCUGCUGGCAUAUAAGAUCAAGUACCCGGAAAACUUCUUCUUGCUACGCGGCAAUCAUGAGUGCGCGAGUAUAAACAGGAUAUACGGCUUUUACGAUGAAUGCAAGCGACGGUAUAACAUCAAACUCUGGAAGACUUUCACGGAUUGCUUCAACUGCUUGCCAAUUGCCGCGAUCAUCGACGAGAAGAUCUUCUGCUGCCAUGGCGGGCUCAGUCCUGAUCUGCAGGGAAUGGAGCAAAUUAGAAGAAUUAUGCGUCCGACUGAUGUACCUGAUACUGGUCUCCUCUGUGAUCUCUUAUGGUCCGAUCCUGAUAAAGAUGUUCAGGGUUGGGGCGAAAAUGACAGAGGAGUCUCGUUUACAUUCGGUCCAGAUGUCGUGUCAAAGUUCCUGAAUCGUCACGAUAUGGAUCUCAUAUGCAGAGCGCAUCAGGUGGUCGAAGACGGUUACGAAUUCUUUGCCAAGCGACAACUCGUCACGCUAUUUUCCGCACCAAACUAUUGUGGCGAAUUCGAUAAUGCCGGCGGUAUGAUGAGCGUCGACGAAACCUUAAUGUGCAGUUUUCAGAUCUUGAAACCGUCAGAGAAGAAAGCUAAAUAUCAAUAUGGAGGAAUGAACACAGGUCAAACAGGUAGACCAUCUACACCACAAAGGAAUCCAGCGAAAAAGAAAUGACAGCCUUCAACCGAUCCUGCACAGCAACAAACACGAUUAUCCUUAAUGGAGGCUAUCAUGCUAGGUAAAUCUGCUUUAUGCUUGUCAAAGCUUACUUAAUCACUCUAGCCGACCACUUAUGUGCAUUAGUAUGAAUCUAUUUCCCACGAUUAUCGGGUUAAAAGAAAAAAAAAGAGAAAAAAAAGAAGUGAAAGGAAAGAAAGAGAGAGAGAGAGAGAGCGAAAGGAAGUGAAAUGUAGAACAUUAUUCGAUGUAUUUAAGUUCGCGCAAUGAUUCGCCGAUGAUUUAGAUGUUAUAUUUAGCACGCGAUUAUCAACACAUGUACAUGUAUGACGCACCUCGGGGCGGAUUUAAAUGCGAUGAGUUAUGGGACAAAGAUACAUUAAUUGAUUUACACAUGGUCACACAUGGAUUUGCGAAAAUUGUUGAUGCUUAUGCUUGUCAAGAUACUGAGCACCUCGUCUCGGAUAUCAUUAGAUCUGAUUUCGUCUUUGUUUUUCACGUGUUUCAGUACGAAGACAUCGAAAUACAGAACUAACCCAAUUUGAUAAAAACAAAGUAAAAAUAUGUAAAAUUUACCUCUUCUUUAAUUAAAAUGAAAUAAGAGGUAGAAAUUAUCGGCGGCAAAAAUGAGUUUUGAUUAUCAUCCUAUUUGACGAAGGGUCGCUCUCCAAUUUUCGCGACGAUUACAUUAUUCGAUGAUAUCUUUCAUAAACGAAAUGAAUUCUUUGUAAAGAUAGCGCUCUUUAAAAAGCAUUUCGUAAUUCACAUUUGUAUUUAUUGCUUCCACUGUUGAUGUUGAGUGUAAUUAUGAGACUUGCUGUUAUUUUUUAUUAUAUUAUUAAUAUUAAUAUUAUUUUUAUUUUUUUUUAAUAUUAUUUUUACCAAUACUGCGCUUAACGCAGCUAAUAUUUAAAUGUCAUCGUUUCACAAGAGAUUCUGCGCGCGUGUAUAUAGAUAGAUAUAUAUACAUAUAUAUAUUUUUUUGACCAUUUAUCCUUUCUCUUUUAAACCACCAAUGCAUUAGCCAUUAUAAAUUUAAUUAUAUCAUCUUGGUGCAGUAUUCCAAGCAUAGUAAUGACUGCACGUUCCAGAGAUAUGACGUAGACGAAUUAAUUUGUUUAAACGAAUUACAGAGAAUCAAUAUUUUUAAAGCAACGCUUCUCUACGCUCUCUCUGAUGAUUACAUCUUUAUUCGACAGAUAAAAGAAAGGGAAUCGCUAAUAAAAGAGAAACAAGAACGACGCGUCAUAUAUACAAAAAAGAAAAACAUGUUUAGACACAAUCUCACUCGCGAGGUUCUCAUGCUUGUGAAGAAAGUGAAUGUAUAUUUGUUAUAUGAUUCAUGAAAGAUUUGUCGAAUAUCGUUAAAAUGAUUGCUUUGAAUCGCGCAAACAGUUUCAGUGAUAGUGUUUCAAGAGGCGAAUCAUUACUUUCUAUUUCGAUGAGUUGAAAUUUUUUGUUUUACAGGAGAUAUAUCUAUAUAUUUACAAUUAUUUAGAUGUAGGAUAUUCACGUGUUAGAUUAAAGCUUAUUUAUUCUUUGAACAGAGAGACGUACGAUGGCAAUCUGCAUUUAGGUGAUUUGAUGCAUUUAUUUAAACAUUUAUAAUAUUUACAUUUCUGUAUGGCACAUCGUUGUUUAUAUGUUUUUCGAUCGUUCACAUAACUCUGGAUUUGCGUUGUUGCAGAAGUCGCCGCAAGCUAUUGUUUAGUAAUUUAGUAAUUACUAAUUAGCAAAUUAACAUUAAUUCUUCGCUAUACUCUCGUUUUAUAGUCGGCGUUGUAUUAUCGCUUGCAAUUGUUUGCGCGACAAAAGUCACCUCUGGAAAAACGUGUGUUUUGACAAGGAUCGCCGAAUAUUAUGACAAAUUGUAUUGUAAUAUGUACAGAGGAAUAUAAAUUAUGUGUCCAUGCAACAUUUUUCGAAAAAGGAAAUUUUCACAAUACUCUACGGAAGCAGCGAUUGGUCAAAUAGUAAUAGAGGUUGUAUCCAUAUCGGGGAUAUCUUUCGUAAUAAUGCGCGCAAUUGUGUCUUCUAGAGAUUUAAUAUUUGUUAUCAGGGCACACAAAAAUAUUUAUAAAUAUAAAUGAUGAAUUUUCUAUCAAAAUUUACGACGAAGCAUCGAUAAAGCGCAUUUGUCGACAACCCAAAUAGAGACUGACGAGAAAUCGUGUUGUACGAACAGUUACGAUCGAGAAGGAUGAUCUGGAAACACGAAAUAAGACCAUAUAUGAAUACCGAGAGCUUACCCCGAUCUAAAAGAUCAAUCAAACAUAAUGAGUCCUUCUUGACGCUACGAUUGGCAUUCAUAUCGUUACUUAUUAUUUGAUUGUUAUUUAGCGUUAUCGGAUAUAUUGAUAGCGAGACAAAGAUAAUAGUUUAUUGUUCAACAUACGAGAGAGAGAAAGAAAGAGACGCGAUGCAAAUUUGUUACGUUCUGGAACGCACCGACGACGAAACGAUCAUGUCCUUGCCACCUCUUUCCUCCUGCAUUCCUCCCCACAAAAAAGGUAGAAAGGGAGAUUAAUUAUUGUCAAAGGAGCGGUUGUGAUCCCUCUCGAUAUGCGUUUUAUCCGAGAUUCAUAUAUUAUAUACAGAUAUUAUAUUUGUAAAGAGUUGGCCGAUUGUGUGAUUCGACGAUGCUUUAAAUUAAAUAAAUUAAAAAAAAGAGGAAAGAAAGAAAAAGAGAGAGCCGUACUCUCUCGUGAGAGAAGUUUGCGACUAUCACAAGGGUUGUUACAUCGUUCGAAAUUGCCAACGACAGAACGCGCCAUGCAAUGGCAUCCUAGAGAUAUAAAACUUUCAGAUAAUAAACAUGCAUAUUGUUGUACAAA